AUGUCUCUGCAGUGCACCAAGUCAGCGGGACACUGGAAGAUCGUGGUGUGGGAUGAGGAGGGCUUCCAAGGCCGGCGGCAUGAGUUCACAGCUGAGUGCCCCAGUGUGCUGGAGCUUGGUUUUGAGACUGUGCGAUCUUUGAAAGUGCUGAGUGGAGCGUGGGUGGGUUUUGAGCACGCCGGUUUCCAAGGGCAGCAGUAUGUGCUGGAGCGGGGUGAGUACCCGUCCUGGGAUGCCUGGAGUGGCAACACGUCCUACCCCGCCGAGAGGCUCACCUCCUUCCGGCCCGUGGCCUGCGCUAACCACCGCGACUCGAGGCUGACCAUCUUUGAGCAAGAGAACUUCCUGGGCAAGAAAGGAGAGCUGAGCGAUGACUACCCCUCCCUCCAGGCCAUGGGCUGGGAUGGCAAUGAAGUGGGCUCCUUCCAUGUCAACUCGGGGGCCUGGGUUGGCUCCCAGUUUCCUGGCUACCGAGGUUUUCAGUAUGUGCUGGAGUGUGAUCACCACUCAGGCGACUACAAGCAUUUCCGGGAGUGGGGCUCUCAUGCCCAGACCUUCCAGGUGCAGAGCAUCCGAAGGAUCCAGCAGUGAGCAGGGGGUCCAGCGCUGAGCAGUGAACAUGUGCUUGUCUGGAACAGAGGAGCUUUGGAGGCUGUUACAUGCUCUCUCCUCUGCCUCCCCCUGUAACCCGUACGACCCCAGCACCCAUGUGGGCAAGUCCAUGCACAGUCAGCACGAAAAACUAAAAGUAAUUAAAAAAAAAAAAGUCUAGGGUU